CAGCAACAAAAACAGCAGCAACAAAAACAGCAGCAACAAAAACAGCAACAGCAAAAACAGCAGAAGCAACAAUAUAGAAAAGAAGGUGGAGAAGAAGGUGGAGAAGAAGAUGGAGAAGAAGGUGAAGAAGAAGAUAGAGAAAAAGGUAGAGAAGAAG